UUUACAACCGACUCACUCAGGCGCAUUUUGAAACGGAAGCAGGAAAACGGAGAUGGUUUUGUUGUGUUAUAGCAACAGUCGCUAUAGAGAAGGUUUUUUUUUUUAUUUCCCAGGGCAGAGCCCCGGACGUGGUUAAAUCUCUUGGCAAAAAGUCUCGCCUCGUGGGACGUGAAAGUAUCUCACUGAAAAAGCCGCGUCUCGUCCCAGGUUAAAAAGUCUUAUCCCAUCCCAGGAUUUUUUUUUAUUAUAAUAGAGAGAUAUUUCUAUUAAGCCAUGUCAGCUGUAGCUGAUGAAACAGCAGGAGAUCUGCCUGUGAAAGACAUGAGCCUAAACCUGGCUGGAAUUGCUGGGCUGCAAGAACUUUCCGGAGCCCAGAAUACCAGAGAGCGACAGGCGGUGGCUCAUGUAUCACGUGCUGAACUGGAAGACCGCUACUUGCGUCUACAUGAUGAAAGCAUGCUUCUCAAGCAACAUGCUCGUAAGCAGGAAGAGAAAAUAAAACGAAUGGCCACCAAGUUAAUCCGGCUGGUGAAUGAUAAGAAAAGGAGUGAGGCAGAGGCUGGUGGCACAAGGCGCAUAGGCCGGGAUUUGGAGUUAGAGGAAAUGAUUGAAGACCUGCAAGAUAAAGUGCGCAAGUUGGAGAAGCAGAAUGAGGGCCUACGCCAUAACCUGAUAUCAGCCAAACGACAACUACAGGUUCAAAGUCAUCGUCAAUCACCCUACAGCUAUGUGCAGUCACGUAUCAACACAGGUCUUCGGAAACUCCAGGGAGAACCUGGUAUGCAGGACAGUUUUCAGAAAGGUAUUAAAGUUCAAGAUUCAGAUAUGACUGCUCGAUCAACCCAAACUUUACUUCCAAGAUACGGACAUAGCUUGCUUGAUGAUGCUCGAGCUCAAAUUCGAAAUCUGGAAAAUGUGAUUGAAAUUCAGAGGCAGCAAAUGGAGGAGACUGAUAAAGUAGCAGAAAUAUUGAGGGAACAACUCAGGAAGCAGGAAAAGGAAUGUGAAGAUUCUCUCCUUCGACUUAGGGAGCAGCAAGCCACAGGACAAAGAUCAGCUAUCAAAGACAAUGUUGAAAUGAUCAAACUGCAAAAGCAAGUUGCUGAAAAAGCUAAUGCCUUUACUGUUCUGGAGGGCAAGUUCUUCCAGCUUCAGGAGAAUCAAAGGACUUUGAAAACCAGUCAUGAUGCUGUGAUGAUGAAGGUUGAUGAACUUAAUGCCCAGCUGAAACAGGAAAGACUUAAAUGUCUUGAGUUAGAGAACCAGCUGCAGGCUAGGUCAUUUUCACAGAGACAAGCUGAAGAGCUCCAAAUUCGGAUUAAUGACCUAGAAAAAGAACGAGAUCUUCUGAAGGAAAAUUAUGAUAAAUUUUUUAAUGGUUCUUUUAUUUCAGCCCAGGAGCAACAAUGGAAACUUAAAGAGUUGCAGUUGAAACAGCAAAUUGCACAACUGGAAAUUUCAAUCAGAUCGGAUCUUAUGGACAAAAAUAGCAUCCUGGACAAAAUCAAGACCGAAAGAGAACAAAAUGAAAAACUAGCCCAGGAGAACAGAGACUUGCAAUUGCGUUUUCUGGAGCAAAAACAGCAAUUAGAUGAACUUAAAGGCCGACUGACCUUCUUCACUAAGGAGAGUGAUAUUGAUGUGGCAGAACUCAGUGAGGCAUUGAUGCUUAUAAAGGCACGUAAAAGUCAGAAGAAUCAGGAUCUUGACUUUUUGAAGAAAGUGGAUGAUGAGAAGAAGCAGGAUACUGAGCAAACUGUACGGCAGCUGCAAGCAGCACAUGCAGAAACUGUCCAAGAACUAGAAAAGACACGUAACAUGUUGAUCAUGCAGCAUAAGAUUAACAAGGACUAUCAGAUUGAAGUUGAAGCAGUGACACGUAAGAUGGAGGACUUUAAGCAAGACAAUGAGCUGAAGCUUCAACAGUAUGCCCAAAUGCUUGACUUCAGAGCUGCCAAAAUUAGAAAGCUGGAGGCUCAAUUAAAAGACAUCGCUUAUGGCACCAAACAGUACAAAUUCAGAGCUGAUGUCACAGCUGAAGACCGAGCAGAUGAAUUUGAUGAGACAGUUUGUCUUGAGCGAGGAGAGAACUUGUUUGAGAUUCACAUAAGCAAGGCCAGUUUCUCCCCUGAGGCCCUCCAGAGCUUUGGUGACCAGGAGCCGGUAACAUUCUGCACAUAUGCCUUUUAUGAUUUUGAACUGCAGUCCACUCCAGUUGUUCAGGGCUCCCAGCCAGUGUAUGACUUCACCUCCCAGUACAUUGUGCGUGUGGAUGACUUUUUUUUACAAUAUCUCCAUAAGAACUCAGUCACGCUAGAGGUUCAGCUCUCCAGUGGAAUUGAAUACAAAACCGUUGCCGCCUGCCAGCUGCAGCUGCAUGACAUUCUGGAGAAGAAUGGCAGGGUGUUUGGAACAUCAACUCUGAUUGGCAUUGGAGAGGACGUUCAUGCUUUUGGCACAUUAGAGUACUGGGUGAGAUUGAGAAUUCCUGUGGACCAAGCUAUUAGACAUUACAAAGAACAGGCUAAGGCCCUUGGUUACAUGAGUGUUAAUCAGAAAUCCCUGGUUCAGACACAACAGGCUGAAUCUGGUGUUCCAGUGACAGCUGAUGGCUUUUUGAACAAGCUCCAUAUAACAGUGUCCUACUGCAACAACCUUAUUUCACAACUUGGUCAGAAGCAGCCAAGCCCCUAUGUUGUUUACAAAUUUUUUGAUUUUCUUGAUCAUGACACACCCAUUGUCCCAAACAGCAACAGCCCUCAGUUUGAUGAUCACAUGAGCUUCUCUGUCUUGAUGAAUGCAGAUCUGGACAUCUAUCUGAAAUCACAAUCCUUGUACUUCUAUGUUUUUGAUGAUAAUGAUACCCCCCAAGAAGACAUCUUCCUUGGGAAAGCCAAGGUGCCACUUCUUUCUCUGGCUCAUGAUAAAGGAAUAAAAGGCACCUUUGAACUGGCUGAUCCAAAAAAUAAUCCAUGUGGCACAAUUGAUGUUACUUUAAAAUGGGAAUAUUCAUAUUUCCCACCAAGCGGAUCAACAAUGACCUUUGAGCAAGCCCGGUUUGUUCCAAAGGAAACCCCAGAAAAGUUAGCUUUAGAGAAAGAGCUAAAUGAACCAAAGCCCGCAUUUGUGGAGAUUCCUCGUCCAAUUCCCAGGCAGAAAGUACCUGGAAAAGAAAAGCAGCCAAGCAAAAAGGUUUCAUUUAUGGAAGAGAACUCAGUGUCAAUUCCAAUCAGUGUUUCAACCUCUGCUGAUGAAGGAACAGUUGUUCAAGAGAAACCUUUGGAUGCUGUCUCUUUACAUACUCCUGAGGACCAUAAGCAAGAUUUAUUGGAAGAUACUGAGUUGAAUCAAAUAGCUAAGGAAAUACGUGAAGAGGAGGAAAGUUCCCAUCUGUCUGAAGGACAGCUUGCAGAUCAGAGUAUGCAUUCUUCAACAGAAUCUGAUAUUUCAGAAAAGGUUUUUGAACCAGAAGAAGAGGAGGGCCCCCAGUCCCCAGUGCAUGACUCAGGUGUGUCUGACAGUGAUGACUGCAUCAUUCCUGGACCAGUAUCUCAGACCAGAAAACAGCCAUCAGACAAAAUCCAGAUAGAAGUUGUAUCUCUUAACCUUUCUCCAGACUCGAAGGCAGCUAGAGAUGAGAACAUUAUGAGAAUGUUUGUGGAGUACAGGCUUUCCAGUUUACUUUCUGGAGAAACACCCUUGUCAUUGCCUACACCCAGGAAUGGACAGACAAUUCACUACAACUACUGCAAUGUGAUCCAUGUGGAUAAAGAAAAUAAUGGCACAAUUCGAGAGUCCCUAAGGUCUGUGCUCCAGGGACCAGAGUCAGCGCAUGGGAUGAUCAGAUUCACAUUGGUUAGCGACCCCCCCGAGGAUAAACAGGAGUUUGAUUGUGAGGACAUCGGUUUUGCUUAUGUAAGCUUGACAGAGAUUGUUCUGAAGAAGCAAGACAUUGUGGAACAAAACCUUGAUGUUUUUGAUGCACAAGACGCCAACGAAAUCAUUGGCACCCUUAAGGUGACUGUUAAGGCUCUGCAGGCACUGUUGUCCAUCUUGGAUGAAGACUCCUAAACAAUGUAACCAUCCAAAACUAUGCUACAUUACAAUAUCAAUGUCUUUGAGACUCCUUCAAUUGUUAAUAAGAAAAUGUAAGAGGUGCUUUCUCACUGAAACAGAAGAAAUCCCAUUGAGGUCUUAAAACAGUAUUUUUGCUUGAUUACACUUUCACAUUAUGAAAUGCUGAUGAACGUUUACCUUUAUGCCAUUCAGUUUCGUUUUAAUCUUCAAACAAUUUCCAAAGGAUACCUGAUGAAUUACAAUACUGCAGCUUGAAAGGCCACUUAUAAACAGGCAGUAGUGAGCUGCAGGUCACAUAUUGCAUUUACUAUGUAAUUUUGGAACUUCCAAAUAAUUAAUAUAUAUAAUGAUUUCAUUCCCCAGUCUGACUACAGAAAUAUAACGCAUCACAUGACACAAGACCAAUUUUACAGAGUAUUUCUUUAAAUCAGUGAACUGCUGGUGCGAUGAUGAAUUCAGGGGUACUCAAUCUUUACACUAGUGUGUCUUCUUAAUAAAAACUUCACUGAUUCCGUUUGGUUGGCCUCCUAAAUGUGAAAAUUCUGCAAGAAAAGUAGUUCCUUGUUUUUAUGGCAGUGUUAAAUGGUUAGUCUGAGAAAAAGCUACAUUUAUAAAUUUCUAAAAAAUCAAGAAUUUGUUUCUACCAGUAAGGUUAAUGGUGUUGCUUUUUAUUUUGUGCAUUGUCAUCAGGAGGAAAUCAAAGAAUAAUAUGUAAAAAUCUAUUCAGGCUGUUAAUUGAUGAAUUUCUCUAAGCCUUCCUUAUUAUGUUACUUGAAUACUGAGCAGACCAGAAAGCUAGAAAGUUUCUUUUUCCUCUCCCACCUUCCUUCCAAGCUGAUUACCAUCAUGUAUGAAUGCUGUAAAUGAAGAGUUUCAGUCUGCCAUGUUAUAGAAAUUAAUUUUACAUGUAAUAUAUAUAAACAUAUGAGUAAUCUUUUA